GAAUCAUCUACAUGCUGCAGGUCAUAUCUGUGUUCUUAAAGAUGCUUUCAUGUAUGAAAGUCCAACUGAAAUAGCAAAUCUAACUUCCACAGACAAGUUUGAUGCAGCCUUGGCCAUUCAUCUUUAUAAAGGAGGCAGACUUCUGCAAGGUAGCAGAAUUCCUUUUGGAAUCAUCUUUGGUGGGACAGAUGUAAAUGAAGAUACCAAAUGCAAAGAGAAACACCGGGUAAUGGGAGCAGUGCUAGGAGAAGCCAGGUUUGCAGUGGCUUUCACAAUGAAAAUGAAGGAGCUGGCAGCAGCAGAGUGGCCAGAUGCUAGGAAGAAAAUAUAUGUCCAGACUCAAGGAAUUAAGACUACACCCAGUGAAACAUUUGACUGGUAUAGAUUUCUACAAAACGCAGACAUUCCUACAGAUACAGGCAGUUUACGUGUGUUUCUUUUGAUAUGCGGACUUCGAAGAGUCAAAGACCCUCUGUAUUUAGUAGAUAUAUUUUCAGAUUGGCACAGAAAGGAUCCCAGUGUCCAUCUGGGCAUAAUUGGACCUGCAGUUGAUCCACUUUUUACAAGUGAAGUUAAGGAAAAAGUUAAAAGGGCAUCUGGAGUACAUUUAUUACAGGAGAUGCCACAAGAUGAUCUUCAUGCUGCUAUGAAAAGGUGCUUUGCUGUGGUGAAUAGCUCCAUUUCAGAGGGGAUGUCUGCUGCAAUUCUGGAGGCAAUGGAUUUAGAUACUCCAGUGCUGGCAAGGAACAUUCCUGGGAAUGCAGCAAUAAUAAAACAUAAGGAAACAGGAUUGCUAUUUUCAAAUCCCCAGGAGUUUGUUGUGCUAUCCAAGAGUUUGAUGAAUGACCCCAUUAUGGAAAGAGAAAUUGUAACAAAGGCCAAAGACCAUGUGAAAAAACAUCAUUCAUGGGAAAGUGAAAGAAAAGCCUAUCAGAAUCUUGUCCUAAGACUCCAGUGAAUUGCAAGACUCCAGUUGAUACCCAACAGUCUAUGUAAAGCACUUUAAUGAUGGAUAUGUAAUUAGAUUUGGGCUUCUUUUUAGAAGAGAUAGAAAGACAUUCUUAAUAAUAAGAGUUAUUACUCUAUUCAAACAUACCAACAUCAUAGAAGUUGCCUGCUGCUUCAAACUAUCAAAUUUAUCUAAUUCAGCACACUGUCUCUAGUGUACCAAUUCAUCGCAGACCAGCAUCAUUUUGUAAGAUCACAUAGGAGAAAUACACUCCUUGAGCAGACACA